CGAGGCAUCCAGUGAACAAACUGUCAGAUCGCCCGAAACCACAGUGCAACCUGUUGUCACUGCACAGCCUGAUGGGCCCAAGGGAAGAAAGAGGGGACCAAAAGUAGCUAGCAUCAUUGAACAGUUCUCACCUCAACCAGAAUGCAGCUACCGUUCAAGACAAAGUUCGGGAAACUAGAAGCGCGGAGCAGCGAGGCCAACUGCUCCGUGUCGUCUAACAGGGCUGCAUAUCCAAUGCUUCAGCAUUAUCGAACAAUUGCUAAAAAGCAAGCCCAACACGAACGUCGUGGUGUACGUUACACGGAUGAGGAAAAGGAUAUUGGACUGUAUAACUACAUGAUGGCUGGCAAGAGGUACCACAAAUUCCUUGUUGGGAACUUGCCCGUCAUCAGCCGAAGCACUCUAUCAAGGCACUUGAAGGCUAGCACAAAGUGUAUAGAUGAAGGCCAAAUCGAUGUAGCGGGUUUGAAGCAGUACUUACUUCAAAACGGUUAUCCGUUGGAAGUUAUGCUGUCAGAGGAUGGAACCAGAGUUAUGCAGCAAGUGCAGUAUGAUUCUAGAUCAAACACGAUAACUGGAUGUGUUGCACCACUGGACAAGACUGGACUGCCGACGCAAGCCUACUUCAACGCGUCAAAUGCCAAUGAGGUGGUCGAAAAACUGGAGAAAUGCGCACUGGCAAGCACUGCUUAUGUCCAACUCGCUACUCCCUUGGUACCAAACGCUGCGCCCUAUGUACUGUUCUACAUGGCCACUGACAACAAGUUUAAUCACAUACAUGUCAUUAAACGUUGGGCUCACACGAUCAAAACACUCCAAGCCAAUGGAAUUGCUGUCUUAGGCAUCGCUUCAGAUGGAGCCACACCUUUGCUAAGCGCCAUGAUCAACGUGACGAAGUUUACACCAGAAUCCUCACUGGGUGAAUUGUUUGCUAUUGCAUUUGACCAGUUGGUAAUCUGCUUCCAAGAUAGUCUACAUAUCUUGAACAAUAUCCGUCGCCGGCUGUUUAAACUGCCGGGAACCUUAGCACUAGGGCACAAGCAUCCCUCAAUUAGUCAUCUCGAGCAUCUUGUUAAAUAUUUCCACAAGAACAUGCAUGGACUCACCUCGGCUGACCUCAACCCGACUGAUCUGAUGAGUUUCAAUCCAACUCAGAAGAUAAUGAACGAAACCACCAUCAACUUCAUGGAGGCAAAUGUUCCCGGUAGUGAAGGAACAGUGGCGCUUUUGCGGUACAUGCGUGCCAUGUAUCGAGCCUUCACGGAUAAGUCUAUUACUCCGCUGGAACGGAUAUCUAUGUGCUGGGAAACAUUACUCUUCAUGAGGGCUUGGAGGAAUUGGACAUUGCGGCAUGAACGAACAAAUGCGCAGUGCAUAACGGCCAACGCGUACGCUUGUCUCGAGCUCAACGCCCAUGGCCUUGUGCUUGCUGUCCGUAGCUGCCGCGAUCGUCGUCAUCCAGAGCAAUUCCUGGUUACCCACUACGGAAGUCAACAUGUGGAAGGGGCGUUUCGAAGUCUGCGUUCUAUGACAACCAUGUAUCACACACAGACUAAUUUUACAUUUAAGGAACUGAGCGAAAAGUUGCGUAGGGUGCACAUGUUGCAGCAAAUUGAAUACCGAAACAGGGAAAGAUACCAUUUUCCAAACCAAGGUCGUAGUCAGGAAACGUCACCUUACCUACCCACUGAUUUUGAGAUCAAAACUGCUAUUAACGAUGCUCAAGCGGCCGUCUCUAGGGUACUGGAAACCCUUGGGAUACCGAGGGCAGAGCAGUCAUAUACCUGCUCGCUUAAAGAGACGGGAGCGUCCACUUGGGAGGCCUACACCGACGAGAAUAGGUCGGAGUGCGAGGCAGGCCAGGAGGUCGAUCAAACGAUCGGCUCUCCUUGCCCUCGAGUGUUCGAAGCUAAAAAACUAUUUAUUAAUUUCACUGGAAGAGUUCAAUUGCGUGAUAGCACGACCGACAAAGACACUUACUUAGUCAGGGAUGAAGAGGGCAUUGUUCGUCGAUUUACUAAGGCCAGUGUAAUAUCUAUGCUCACCGAGGGUAGGUACCGCGGGACUAUGGCGCGUGUCAGAAGAUUUAAACAGCACACUAUCAAUCGCGCACCGCGUGGCCGCAGUCUCUGCGACCCCGCUAGCGCAGUAGCGAUUAGUAUAAUCUUUGUACCAAUAAUUAGCUAA